AUGGGUAGAUAUAGUGUUAAAAGAUAUAAAACCAAGAGGAGAACAAGAGAUUUAGAUCUUAUCUAUGAUGAUUUAUCAACCACACAAUCAAUAAAUAAUCUUAAGAAUCAACCAUUAGAUGAAUAUAAACCAGGUUUAGGACAAUAUUAUUGUAUAGAAUGUGCAAAAUAUUUUGAAAAUCAAAUAAGUUUAGAUCGUCAUCAAAAAUCCAAGAUUCAUAAAAGAAGAGUUAAAAUAUUAAAAGAAAGACCAUAUACUCCAUUAGAAGCAGAAGCAGCUAGUGGUGUUAAUUUAUUAAAAUUUGUUGAAUCUGUUGAAAAAUAUAAACAAUUGGAACAAUUUAAAUCAGAAAAUAAAGAAGAAUAUGAUAAAGUAAAUAAUCAAAAGAAAGAUAAUUUAGAUGCUUUGAUAACGGGUGUUCCAUCUGAAGAAUUCCAAAAACAAAAAGAACUAGAGCAAGGACAAGAAGUGGAGGUAGUUCAAGAAGUGACCAUGACGGAGUAA